UAUCUAAUUUCCUCUCACUAUUUCCAACCCUUGUUAAUUUUACUAUAUUGCCACUCAAUAAUAUCUCCUCAAAAUAACUUACACUUGGAAGCAAGAUAACACUUGAUCAAUUUUAACCGUAGAUAUUUUAAGCAUCACUCUCUCUAGUUUCUAUAUAUAGAGUGUGUAUACACAUACCUUUGUUAUAAGAACCCUCUCAUAUUAGAUAUUUAUCAUCAAUAUUAAUUUCAUACAAAGUCUUAAUUCCAAAAUGUUAGACAAACUUUGGGAUGAUGUUGUUGCUGGCCCUCAACCUGAGCGUGGCCUUGACAAGCUUAGGAGACUCACAACCAACAUCAAAGUGGAUGAAGGAGGAAGUAGUCAAUUAGUGAGGAAUUCAUCGUUGCCGACAACACCGACGACACCAGCGACUCCGACGACGCCUCAAUCGGCACGUAAAGUUGACAACGUUUGGAGGAGCGUGUUCAAUCCUGGAAGUAACUCUGCUACUAGGAGAAUUGGUGCUGAUGUUUUUGACAAACCACUCCCCAACACCCCCACUGUCUAUGAUUGGAUGUACAGUGGAGACACAAGGAGCAACCAUCGCUAAGGUGGCGGUCAACCUCCCAUAUGGCAUGUAAAUAUCGUUGUGCUGUUCAUCGUCUUGCCACGUGUCUGCAUCAACAUCACGUGUCGUGAUCUGAUUGUUCGUUGUAUCGUGUUCUUUUUUCUUCAUAUAAGCAUCUAAUCUGAAUCUCUGAAUGUAAAAUGCUUAAAAUAAUAAUUAGUAGUAUGCUUUAAUUUCCUUGUA